GCCCUCACCGCCCUCGCCCUCGCCCUCGCCCCGUGGUGCGCCGAGGCCUCGGUCGGCGACAGAGCUCCGGCGUACCAGCGCUGCGUCGACUCGUGCCGCGCCGAGCUGUGCGCCGACCGCGCCUCGAGCGCUCCUCCCCCACCUCGAGACGACGCACCCUGGAGCGGUUACUCGUCGUCGCCCCUGUGGCCCUGUCGAGCGACCUGUCAGUACGCCUGCCAGCAGCACCUCACCGACCUCGCCCUCGCCCAACCUGGCCUACCGCCAGGUCACCAAGUGCAGUUCCACGGCAAAUGGCCCUUCCACCGCUUCGACCUGUCGCACCUUCCCCUCGAGCCGCUCUCGGUCCUCUUCUCGCUCGCCAACCUGUGGGCCCACUGGGUCGGCCUCCGCACGUUGCGUAAUCUCGCCCGCACGGCGCGCAUGAGCGAGGGCAAGCGCCUCGCGCGCGUGUACGCCGCCUACGCCGUCAGCGGCUGCCUCGCGUGGGUCGCGUCGACCGUCUUCCACACGCGCGACACGGACGCGACCGAGCGCCUCGACUACUUCCUCGCUGCGGGCACGAUGCUCGCCGGCCUGUGGGCAGGCGUCGUCCGCCUCCAGGGCUGGUACGCCCCGACCUCGAAGGGCGCCCGAGUCGCGCCCGCCCAGCGCCGAGCUGCCGGCGUGUGGACCCUCGUCGUCUUCGCCGUGUUCGCGCUCCACUGCACGUACCUCGCGAGGCGCGAGCGGUUCGACUACGGGUACAACGUGCGGUUCAACGUCGGCGUCGCCCUGUCAACCAUCCUCCUGUGGUCGGCGUGGCUGUCGUCGUACCCGUCGGCGCGAGCCCGGUUCCGCGCGCCGCACUACCUCGCGCCGCUCGCACCCCUCGUCCUCCUCCCCGCCCUCACCGCCCUCGAGCUCCUCGACUUUGCGCCUUUCGGGCCCGGCGGGCUCCGGCUCCUCGACGCACACGCCCUGUGGCACCUCAGCACGGUGUCCGUCGUGCGGGCGUGGUACCGCUUCCUCGAGAAGGACGUGCGGUGGAUCGACGGCCAGGGCGAGGGCGGCGACCCGGGCAGCGUGCUCCCCGCCGCGCCGUCCAUGUCUGCGGCAGCGGGUGUCGGCGGCGGCGGCGCAGGAGCAGGAGGUGGGCGCAGCGGCGGGGCGGCCCCGAGCGCGCACGGCGCAGGACCGGCGGCGAGCCGGCGGCGCGCGAGCCUGUUCACGCUCGAGCGGCUGCACGCCGAGGGGCGGCGCGUCACCGAGGUCGGGCGCGGGCUCGGGCUCGGCAUCCUCGGCAUGGUGACGCCCCGGCUGGGUGGACCGGCGCCGGCGGAAGGAGGAGCGGCGGGGCACGGGCGCAGCGCGAGUCGAGGAGGAGCAGGAGGGGCUGGGGCGCAGGGCGGACCAGGCGAGGAGGCCAAGGCGGCGCGGGCGGACUGA